UCCCAUGGACUUUGAAUGUCCCUUAGCCACAAGAUUCAUGCUUUAAAUGUGUGUUGAAGCCCUGAACAAAAGUGACAGCUGAGAUUGGCUAUUCAUCUGCAUCACUCCGGAUGUUCUCUCUCACUUUACUCAUUCACUGUUUCUUCUUUCCCUUUCAGGACCCAAUUGCUGUCCUGCAUGGAGACGAAUCAUAUUUUGGAGACAAAACCUUAAAGAUGCUGUCACUGCAAUUACAGGUGACAUGAUGAUCACCAGUCAGCAGGGAGGUGAGAUCAUGGCACCCCACACCUUUAUCUCUGGGUUCAGCCGCUGACAGGCCUCGGAUGCUGUCCCUGCCCCGCUGUCUGGAUGACAAAUGCCCACUGGGUAUGAAAGACAUGGAUAUGCCACCUUGGAAAUGGGGAUUAUCUUCUUCGCUCAGACUGGAGUGGGGAUCCUGGGAAACUCCUCCCUCCUUUUUCUCUAUAACUUCUCUUUGCUCACUGGAUACAAGUUGAGACCCACAGAUCAGAUUGUCAGCCAACUGGUCUUAGCCAAUAACUUGGUCCUUUUCUCCAGAGGGAUCCCGCAGACCAUGGCAGCUUUUGGAUGGAAAUCUCUCCUAGAUGAUGCUGGAUGUAAACUUGUCUUCUAUUUACACAGAGUAGCCAGAGGAGUCUCUCUUGGCACCACCUGCCUUCUAAGUGGCUUCCAGGCCUUCAAGUUUUUCCCCAGAACCUCUUGGUGGUUGGACUUCAGAAACAGAUCCCCCAAAUACAUUGGCUUCUGUAGUUUCCUUUUAUGGAUCCUACAACUCUUGGUAAAUAUCCACCUUCUUAGGAAAGUUACUGGACCAAGGAGCAGCAAAAAUGCAAGUAUAAAAACGAACUAUGUAUACUGUUCCUCACACAAUCCAGAUAUAUUCAUCACCUUUUUCCAUGCAGUCCUGUUGCCUUCCAUUGAUCUUCUGUGUUUAGCCUUCAUGCUGUGGACCAGCGGGUCCAUGGUGCUUCUCCUGCACAGGCACAAGCGGCGCGUACAAUACCUUCACAGCCACAGCCUUUCCCCAAGACCUUCCCACGAGGCCAGAGCCACUCUCACCAUUCUGAUCCUGGUGACCUCCUUUGUCUUAUUUUAUUGUCUCUCUUCCAUUUUGACUCUGUGUGUUACUGUGACCGUGAACCCGAGGCAGUGGCUCACGGACACCGCUGUGCUAAUAGCUUCAUGUUUCCCAGCCUUCAGCCCCUUUGUGCUCAUCAGCAGUGAUGCCCGUAUCUCUCUGCUCUUUAAUUUCUGCACCAGAAAAAAUUAUUUUCCUAAUCUUAUUCAACAGCUAUAAGCCUUCUCAUUUCUGCAGUUGAACCAAUUUUUAAUUUAUAUUAAAAAAAAUUUUUUAUUAGGUGAUUAUCAGGUACCGUGUCCUGUAGAAGCUAUAAUUCUUAAUGGUAAAUAAGAAAUCUUUUUAAGAGAGCAAAAUAAACUACAGGUCUGUAUGAAAAGAAUGAAUUCCUUUUUAAUAAACAAAAAACUUGUAUAUGAGCUC